ACUUUUUGAUCUGAUUUGUCUUUAUUUCAGGCUAAAAAUUUAGAGCACUCUACGUAUAUCUCACCUUUUCACUCAAAUGACCUUAAUAUAAUGCCUCUAUUCUUUUCGCUCACCCUUUACGACAUGACCUACAGUUAUUCUUUCCUCUCUCUUGCUCACUACUGACCUUACAUUUUCUAUCUCGUCUCUCGCAUCUUAAGAAAAUACCCGUUACUUUUACCUGUGCAAAAAGGCUUUAUCUACAGUCGUUCAACGGCCGACUCGAGUCACAUAUCUUUGUCUCUUUUCAACCUACACAUUUACACCAAGCUAGUUGAGUAAGAAUGAUGCAAUACAAUCCACUGCCUUAUACCGGUACUACAAGAUUUUGACAGAACUUUAAACUUUACGGAGCAGGCAAGCAGAGACAGUGUUUAGAUGAAAAUGUGGUAUUUUGAAGUUAAAUAAGUGAAAACUAGUCGAUUUAAGAUCUACAAUGUGGGUAUUAUGAAGUGUUAGUGUUUUAAGUGCAUUGUGGUAUAAACUCUACAAGGAUUGUCAUUCCAUGGGAUAAAUAAAGAUGGCCGAGAUAAUAUUCCAGAAGCGCAAAGCGGCGACAGUGUUCAGCGAUCCGAACCCUCUGGUGAUACUCCUACUGCUGUCAAUAUGCCAGUAUUGCGCCAGCCAAGUGAUCAACCGAGCACCACACUUCAUACCGGCAGUGGGGGACAUGUCCCAGUUCUCCAUACUAGAGAACACUCCAGUGGGGACACCUGUUUAUCAACUUAAAGGAAUUGACCCGGAAAACGGUCAGCUGACGUACUCGAUAUCCGGGCAGUACUUCACGGUGGACCCCCAGACCGGCGUGGUGACGCUCGCCAAGACCCUCGACCGGGAGAAGCAGGCCACGCUCGAGAUCAUCAUCAGCAUCACUGACGAACCUGUGGCUGAGACUGAACCGAACACAAUAUCAUUACGCCGAGUUAUAGCUGUGAAAGAUAUCAACGACAAUCCACCGAUAUUCAUUAACCGACCUUAUAUCGUCAACAUUAGUGAAGCUACUCCAGUAGGCUCGGAUAUUGAGGUCUCUCCAACAAUUAUAGUAACUGAUAAAGAUGAAGGAGUGAAUGCGGAGAUCCAAGUAAAAUGCACCACAAACGAAAAAGGAAGCGAUGUAGAAGCAUGCUCCACAUUCAAAGUGAUGACUGACAAGAUAUCACCAGGCAUAUUCCAAGUGCGCUUAGUUCUUAAACGCGCCCUAGACUUCGAGAGUCGGACGGCGUACAUUGUCAGUUUGGAAGCGAAGGACAUAUCUGAUAACCCUCUGAGAGCCGUGGCCAGUGUAGCCGUGACCGUGUCUGAUGUACAAGACCAACCACCGGUGUUUGUCAAUGGACCAUACUCGGCUACUGUACCAGAAAAUACACCUGAGGGCACAGUUAUAAUGGACAUUCUAGCAAGAGACGGUGACACAGUGAAUCCCAGACCAGUUUUGUUGACUCUAGAGGGCGACACUGAAGACUACUUUGCGUUAGAGAGUGAUGAGAACGGAAAGCCUAUGCUGAUUACAACUGACAUCCCUAUCGACCGAGAAAGCGAUACGGUCAUGCAAAACGGUGGUGUAUAUACUUUUUUCAUAAAAGCGACAGAAUUAAUUAACCAUGAAAUUCCAUCAGAUUUUACUGUAAGUCAAGUUACAAUUAUAGUGACAGACGAAGAUGAUCAUAUACCAGAGUUCAACAAAGAAGUGUUUGAUGUGUCUAUACCUGAAAAUAUAGAAAAUGGUAGUCCUAUACCUAGUCUUUCUAUUUAUGUUCAAGACGAUGAUAUAGGUCAGAACAGUAAAUACGAUUUGCGACUGAAAGAUGUAUUUAAUUCAGAAGGAGUAUUUGAUAUCAGCACUGAUCACGGAGAAGGAAGAACGCCAAUAAGCAUUAAAGUAAAAGAUUCGUCAAGAUUAGAUUACGAUGUAGAUGAUGAAAAAAUGCGACUGUUUAGCUUUGAUAUUAUUGCAUCAGUCAAUGGAGAGGACUUAUCUUCGGCUAGAGUAAACAUUAAAUUACUGGAUGUCAACGAUAACGCACCUGUUUUUGAUAUGUCAAGUUAUAAGUUUAGUGUACACGAAAACGCUACCAUUGGAUCGAAAGUUGGAGAUAUCACAGCCAUGGAUAAAGAUUAUGGCAUAUUCGGAGAGAUAGAAUAUUCUUUAAAUGGUUUUGGUUUUAAUCUGUUUAGAACUGAUAAAUCUAAAGGUGGUAUAUACGUUGGACAUACAUUAGAUUAUGAAAAUCAAAAAAGCUUUAGUCUGACACUAUUUGCAAAAGACGGAGGUGGAAAAGUGUCAUCCACAAGUGUCUUAGUAGAUGUAUUGGACGUUAAUGAUAAUGCACCAGUUUUUGAGCUCGCUGAAUAUACACGGACCAUAAGGGAAGGUGCAAUGACUUUUGAACCGCAAUUAAUCAUUAGAGCAGCAGAUAUUGAUGGAAUAGAUCAGGGAGAUGGAAGAAUCAAAUAUUCUAUUGAAUCAGACAACAGUAUAGCUAAUCAUGGAAAUGUAUUCAGCAUUGAUGAAGAUACCGGGGAAUUAAAAGUUGUAAAUAAAGCUGAGUCAAUGGAUACACCCCGUGGGCAAUAUGAACUAGUUGUCAGAGCUACUGAUUAUGGACAUCCACCGCUCCAUAAUGAAACCAGAGUUUACAUAAGGGUGGGCGUCCCUGGCAAUCAGAGACCCACUUUCAAAGGAAACUUCCACAACUAUAAAUAUACCACACAUCAACGAGUACCCGACAGCACAGAAGAUUUUACUUUUGAAUUGAACCCAAUGAACUACAAGGCAAGCAUAAGAGAAGACGCUGGUCCUGGAGAAAAUGUAACACUGGUUAUAGCAAAUGAUCCUGACGGCUUAGAUGAUUUGCUAACAUACCACAUUGUAUCAGGAUCGAAGGACAACUUUAUCAUUAACGAAAAGACCGGAUUGGUAACAGUUUCCAAUGACGCAAACCUGGAUAGGGAUAUAAACUCUGAUAAAUAUGAAAUCAUAGUAUCAGCUGUAGAUAGUGGUGUACCAAUCCCUGAAACUGCAACAACGACAAUUUUUGUUACAAUAGUAGAUGUCAAUAACAAGCCACCUAAGUUUAACGUGUCUGAAUCAACAACUUAUAUAAGUGAAAAAUCAAAAAUCGGAAAUACAGUAACUAAAUUACAAGCUUAUGAUACCGAUAUAAAUUCAAAGUUGAAGUAUAGUAUAAUAGAGCCUAUCAAAGCAUUAUCAAAGGCCGGGGUACAACUUCAAUCUAAUUCCAAUUAUGAUUAUAAAUCUCUAUUUCGUAUAGAUGAAGAUACGGGUGAAAUUUUCGUUAAUGGAACAUUGGACUAUAGCCAAGCUUCUAUAGUAAUAUUAACAGUGAAGGUUGUGGACAUACAUGGAGAGGUAGAUAAGGAAAAUCAAUUCGCUGUUAUAGAGCACACAAUAUAUAUACAACCGUAUGCUGACAAAAAUCCACAGUUUACUAAUACCGGUUGGUCAAGUGCAAACCCUAUAAUUUAUCAAAAAGUUAGAGAAGAACAACCAAUUGGAAGCACGGUAUUAGUUUUAACUGCAGAAGACCCGAUAUCAGGACAUGUAAUUUCCAAUUUUAAAGUAAUAAACUCUGAAACAGGAUUAUUGCAAGUUGAUCCAUUAAGUGGGCAGGUUGUUUUAACAAAACAUUUAGACUAUGAAGAAUUGAAGAAUCCUAACUUGACUGUAACAGUCAAGGCUGCAAGCAAUGAUGGAAGUAAACAUAGUAUUGCCAAGAUAAUAGUAGAGGUAGUGAACAUCAACGACAAUCCUCCAAUGUUUGACAAAGAGCUAUACAAAGUAAGCGUAUUGGAAUCUAUAAAACAUCCAGAACAAAUAUUGGUAGUAAAAGCUACUGACGCAGAUGCCGUAUUAACAGAUGUUGAUAAUGAAAAGGGAUUUUCUGAUAUUCGCUACGCAAUAAGAGGAGAAAAUUCUGAAUUAUUUGUAAUCGAUAAUGUCACUGGAAUAAUUCAGAUAGCGCCCAAUAAAACUCUAGAUAGAGAAAGACAAUCCGUGAUGAGAUUAGAACUAAUCGCUAUGGACACUCCUAAAGGUGGUUCUGAUCGUUUAAAAUCAUCUUCAAUUAUCUUUAUUGAUGUCCUUGAUGUAGACGACAACACUCCUGCAUUCGACAAGACUGUGUAUACCGCUGUUGUACCUGAAAACGUGCCAAUAGGAAUAAGUGUUACUACAGUUACAGCUGUAGAUCCAGAUGAAGGAAUAGGUGGUGAAAUAUUGUACGAGUUUUUAGACGAAGGUGAAGCUAAUGGAUUCUUUACAAUCGACCAAACGACGGGUGAAAUAAGAACCAACCGAGACCUCACAGGUCGUGGUCGAAUAGAGCCAUACCGGCUGCUGGUCGGAGCUACUGAUGGUGGUGGUCACACCGGUGAUACAUCCCUACAACUGUACAUAGGAGACGUUAGUGCUAACGACGGGGUACCUAGGUUUAUAAGACCUGCGGCGGAGGAGGUUUUGCAAAUCAGCGAGAAUGCAACAAUCGGCUCUCCAGUAUUCCAGGCGGUGGCUAGUGACCCUGAUGACCCUACGCAACCUUCGGGGCAGCUCUAUUAUUCGAUACAACAAAAUAAUGCUGACUCUAAAGUUUUUGCUAUAGAUGCUCAAACUGGAAUCAUAACUACAAGACAACCACUAGACAGAGAAUACAAAUCUUCAUACACACUAGUAUUGGAAGUUUGGGACCGAGGACAACCUCCACAGCACAGCGCUAGAGUAGCAACUGUAAAUGUUACUGAUGUAGAUGAUCAUAAACCAAGAUUUAUCAGGAGUAUUGAUGACUCCCCUUACAUAAUGAACGUUAAAGAAGAAGUUCCAAUAGAUACGGUGGUUGGGACACUCGAAGCAAUUGACGAAGACGUUGGGGAAAACGCGGCUAUAGAUUAUGCCAUUAAAGCUGGGAAUGACAUGGGACUCUUCAAACUGGAGCGCACAGAUGACAACAAAGGUGUCAUUAAAGUUGCAGCAACAGUGGACAGAGAAAUGGUCGCUCGACAAGUGCUUACCGUGAAAUGCUACAAAUACGGAUCUAAACCUAAACUAUCUAAAUCUUAUAAUCGACUGGAUACUUCGGAGAUGCAAGUCCUUAUCAAAAUCAACGACGUCGACGAUCACUUACCAGAAUUUGAAAGUCCAAACAUAACUAUCGGGGUAAAACUGAAUGUUCCUAUAGACACUCUUAUAGGUAAAGUCAAAGCCACAGAUAGAGACCCAGAAGCACUACCUAUUAACUAUGAAAUCGUCAACAUAACAUUUGUAUCGCCAAUUCAAAAGGAAUACAAAAAUAUAAGUCAAGUUGUGGUUUUGAAUAACAUGACAGGUGAACUGAGGAUAAUGAAGAACUUGAUGCAGUAUGCCGAUGGAAUAUUUAGACUUGUAAUUAGAGCAAAUAACUCUGACGAUCCUGAUAGAUAUGGCGAUGUUUUAGUUGAGGUAGUGGUAGUUCGAGAAAGAGACCUCCUCAAACUCAUUUGGGACACCGGCGCAACCAACGUCCGCUCCAACCUGCCAGCGCUCAUGGGGAAGUUUGAUAAAGUUCUCACACCCUUGGGCCUAAAGUUGCAAAUCCAUGACGCUGCCCCAUUGGCCGCAUCGGACAGAACUUUGGACUUCACUAAAACUGGUGCCUGCUUCCAAUUCCGAAAGCUCGACUCAGGAGAAGCCCUAAACCCGAAAGCCAUGAAAGCGACCAUCCGUUCUCUCGGCACGGAAUUCCAGGAGAUUCUGGAAAGUUCUGGAGUCAGAAACGUGUCCAGUUGCGGCAUAUCUAGACAGAGGCAUUCAGCUGUUCAACACGCGUUGCUCGGAUUGGCAGCCAUACUGCCGCUGGCUGCGUUUAUAGCGGCGCUUGUGCUGUGCUGUAUGCAUUCUAGUGCGAAAAGGCGAGCGCGCCAAGCGCUAUUAAUCCACCGCGAGCCGCCACCGAUAGGGGUCGCGCCGAGCAACAUCUCAGCCCCGACCAGACUGUAUGCAGAGCCGCUGUACUCCACGUGACAUGCUCGGAAACUUCUAGAAUAAUGUACUGACUGGUUGAGAGAGUAUGGGUUUUAAAUUGUUUAGGUACUAGAAAAGUUUAAACGCAAGAGUAAAUUCAUCAGCGCCCAAAAGACUUCACGCAAAGCCGCUGUACCCUACGUGACAUGAUAGGAAACUUUUAGAAUAUUGUACCGAGUAACUAUUGAGAGAAGAUGGGUUUAAGUUGUUUACUAUAAAAGUUAAAAUGUAAAAGCAACACCGCGCCGGUUUUAUCGCGAAUGGAGAUGGUGUCUGCUUGGUUUAUGGAAUAGAACGCGCAGCCAAUUCGUAAUCAUGAUGUAUACUUAGGUACCUAAGUUCAAAAAAAUACUGUAGUACCUACUUGCUUUAGUAAAUUAUAAUUUCAAAUAAAUUAUGAUGAGUACCUAACUAUGAUUAUGUGGCAGAUACCUACUUGCCCACAUUAUAAUCUGAAAUUACCUAGAUAAGCAUAAGUUAUUUAUAAUAAUAAAAAAUCUUUUAGAUUCGUCGCGUAGUGUAUAAAAUAUGUACCUAGAUUUGCCAUCCGUCCAAUAUAUUUUAAUAGUAAAUUAAUAAUGUACAAAUAAAAACAAGCUUGAAAGAAAUAAAUAUUUAAGUUUAUUUCAAUUAUCUAUUUUGUAAUGCUAAGUCAUAUUUAAUAUAUUCUACGUAAUCUAAUUUAGGUUAUUUGUAAAUAGAUAAUUAUUAGAUAACAUUUUUGCUUUUACAAUAGUCUCCUUCAACAUAAACUAUCUUAUUCAAUAUUUCCAUGGUAUCACCACAUCACAAAUUAACUAAAUAAUAGUGACAUUAGGUAGGAGUUAGAGGUAGAAUAGUUUUAAGUUAUGACUACCAAUCCAAUGUACGUAAGUGAAAUGUAUUAGAUUCAUAAUUAUGUAAAUAUAAGAAGAGUAUUAAAUAUUUUAGAUAUUUA